UUCUCCAGCGACCAACCACACCCAAAGGCCCAAGUAAACGCCAGAGAGGAGAGGAGAGGAGAGGAGUGGAGAGCAGAGGAGAGCAGCAGCCAGCCAGCAGCAGCAGCCGAGAGCCCAACCCCAACUCCACAAGCAAAGAUGCUGUCGUCUUCCACCUCCACCCUCCGCCUCCACCAACCAACCCGACCCCACCGGCGCCACCCGCCGGCCCCGGCCUUGGGGGUCGCCACCCACCUGGCCUCCCCGCGGCGGUGGCGCGGACACGCCCCGGGGGCGGGGGCGCCCCUCCGCGCGCGGCCCCAGCGCAUCCGCGCGGUGGACGCCGCCCAGCCGUUCGACUACGAGUCCCGCGCGGCGGGGCUGCUGGAGGAGCGGCAGCGGCUGAAGAUCGCCAUCGUCGGGUUCGGCAACUUCGGGCAGUUCCUGGCGCGCACGUUCGCGCGGCAGGGGCACACGCUGCUGGCGCACUCGCGGACGGACCACACGGCGCUGGCGACGACGCUGGGGGCCACCUUCUUCGCGGACCCGCACGACCUGUGCGAGUGCCACCCGGACGUGGUGCUCCUGGCCACCUCCAUCCUGUCGGCCGAGGCCGUGCUGCGCUCGCUCCCCGUGCACCGCCUCCGCCGCAACACGCUCUUCGUGGACGUGCUGUCCGUGAAGGAGUUCCCCAAGAACCUGCUGCUCAGCUCCCUGCCCCCCGACUUUGACGUCAUCUGCACGCACCCCAUGUUCGGGCCGGAGUCGGCGCGCGACGGCUGGGACGGCCUGCCCUUCGUGUUCGACCGGGUCCGCGUCGGGGACUGCCCCGCGCGCCGCGCCCGCGCCGACGCCUUCCUCAACAUCUUCGAGCGCGAGGGCUGCCGGAUGGUGGAGAUGUCCUGCGCCGAGCACGACGCGCACGCCGCCGAGACCCAGUUCCUGACGCACACCGUGGGGCGGAUGCUCGCCAUGCUGGAGCUGCGCUCCACGCCCAUCAACACCAAGGGCUACGAGACGCUGCUCCGCCUCGUGGACAACACCUGCAGCGACAGCUUCGACCUCUACAACGGCCUCUUCAUGUACAACAAGAACUCCACCGAGCUGCUCAACCGCCUCGAGUGGGCCAUGGACUCCGUCAAGAAGAGGCUCUUCGACGGCCUCCACGACGUGCUUCGGAAGCAGCUCUUCGAGGGGUCCCCGCACGCCCCCGACGUCUCCUCCUCCAACGUCCGCAAGUAGACACGGCCGCCGCCGGGGGGGGGGGGGGGGGGUUCGUCUCGCCCCCAAUCUCAUCAUCAUCUGUUGUUAGUAAUAAAUUAAAUUCCAGUUCCAAUUCUCCUUGCCAUUGUAUUUGUAGUACCAGCCUGUAUCUGUAUUCUCCGUUUCUCCUCCCAACUCCCUCCUGUCAGUUCAGUUUUACAGUUGAGGGAUGAAAUGUGGCAGCUUGGCAUUGCAAUUUGUGACAAACAAACUGAAUAAAUAAGCAAUCUUUGGCAUUGCAAGUCUGU